UUCAAUUACAGUGAUAUUAACCGAGAGAUUUAGCAAAUCCUAAUAUUUGAGAAGCUAAAAGAAGAAUAUUUUUGGUAUUUUUACUGAACAUUAUGAAGGGAUUAUUAAACUAUUAACAGUUAAUUUCAUCAUUUGCUCACCUUCUAAGAAGUUUAUUAUUUCACAACAGAUUUCUAAGUCAUCAUGUCUGAAUAAAAAAGAGAUCACUGUCAGGUGAGUGUCUUCUGAUUUGCCAACCCAAUUGAUGUGAAGCACCCUGCAAUCUGGUUCAAAGGUGUUUAAGUCAUAGAACCAAUACUGCAGACAAAAUGAAUAAUAAAUAAAUAAAUACAUUCUUUACAUUCUCUACAAAGAGAUGCAGCUCACAGUGUUUUAUAUUAAUAAAGUGAAAAAAGGAGUUAAAAUUAGACCGACAGGCAAGUUUAUUGGGGCACAUACUAACCACAGCACAUAGACCAUGUGACUCAGAGGCUGAGAGCAUCACAAAACAGGAUUUAAACAAAAGAAGCAAAAUUGUUGCACUUGAACAUGUACACUGAGGCUAUCUUUGCUGCAAAUGGCCACUGCGCUUAAUGAUUGUAAAAGUAAAAAUGCUCUAAUGAUGAUAAAAUAAAAUUCUGAUUUAUUUUGAUACUUACAAAAUGUAUAAAUACGGUUUAUAAAAGAUACGAAAAUUAUUCCGUUAUAAGCCUUACAGCUAAAUACUACACUUCACAGAAUGAGAAUAACUGAGGGCCAAAUGUCAUGUGGGGGGCAGAGGUGUGUUAAAGUGGGCGCACAGUACUCAGCACAGUACAGUUAAUGCUGUCAAAAAGAGACACAUCACGUGAUGCUGAUCAUAUUAAAGUAUUCCAGAUUUCUAAAGAAACACUGGUGACUUUCCACUCAUAACUUGAUGCAUGGUGUUGUCUCUCUUUUUUUUUUAACCCACAAGAAAUGUAAAUCAUGUAUGUUAUCUGUGCUUCAGGAGUCUACGUUUAACGUCAGAGCCAAGAUGGGGCGGAAGGAAAUCAUCUGCAGCUGGAAAAAAAGUACCAAUAACAUCAAGGAUGUGUUUGCCUUCGAGGGGAAAAUGGGAUCGGGGUCUUUUUCAGAGGUUUUUAUGGUGAGAGAGAAGAAAACAGGAAAACUGUACGCCCUGAAAUGUCUGAAGAAAAAACACCUAGCUCAUAGCAACCUGGAAAAUGAAAUCAAUGUACUGAGAAGGUGUCAUUCUACAGCCCCUGAGGUUUUGGCUCAGAAACCCUACAGCAAAGCAGUGGACUGCUGGUCCAUUGGAGUUAUCACUUACAUCCUGCUCUGUGGCUACCCUCCCUUCUUUGAAGAGAACGAUACUCGUCUGUUUUCAAAGAUCAUGAGAGCUGAUUAUGCCUUUCAUUCACCCUUCUGGGAUAACAUCUCUGAGUCAGCCAAAGACUUCAUCAGGAAUAUGAUGGAGAAAAAUCCCUCAAAACGCUUCCUCACCGAACAGGCACUCCGACACCCCUGGAUAGCAGAAAACACAGCAAAAGACCUCGACAUUUAUGAGUCUGUCUGUGAACAGAUGGAGAAAAACUUUGCCAAAUCCAAAUGGAAGCAAGCCUUCAACGCAGCCUCAGUAGUUCACCACAUGACGAAACUGCAGUUUUCCCAGAGUGAGCCGUCCCACUCCUCCCUCUCCAUGCCCCACAUCAUAGUACAUUCCUCCUCCCAGAAUGAUCUGGAGAUGCUGGGACCCUGCCACAAUGAGGCUGAUGCCCUCGACCCAAACGGAAAUCCCGUUCAUGCUGCUAAUCAUCUACCCUGCAGUAAUCCUGAGUCGGACAAAAGUCUCUGUCCACCACUGAGAGCCAGUCACAGUGGGCCUGGCAAAGCCCUCACUGUUGGAGAAAUCAAUAACUUUCAUUCAGAAAUCGACGCUCCGUUCAGGCCAUCCAAGAGCAUGGAAGCUGUGGCUCAGAGGAAGGACCAGCCGCUUCAGUCCGGAGUGUGUUCUGUCAUGUGAUUGGCUGCUAGCCUGAGAUAAAUCUCACGCAGUUUGUCUGUUGAGUUGACGGCAGUUGAGUUGAGCGUCAUCCGUCUCAGAAUGAAGGCGUUGAUACUUCUGUUGCUCAGCUUUUUCAUGUCACUGUUGCGGAGAACAUGCUCCAUCGACCGGGACUGCAUCUAUACUGUAAAAGACACUCUAUCACGGAAUGACUUUACGCAAUGAACACCACGUUAAAGCAGACACAAGCAGGAAUUCAAAGUCAGUUUCACUCUACAACCUGUGACAAAUAAAUCAACCUUGUACCUUGUAUUCAUCAUUUAUAAAAUCAUACAUGCUGUUGGCAUUUAUAUUCUCAAAACUGUUAUCAUUGUAUAUUACUCUACAUAUUACUCAAUACCAUUAAAAUGAAUUGGGUUUGAAUAGAUUUAGCUGACCUAUGCAGUGUGAAAGCUCAUUUCUGAUUUGUUUUGAAGUUUUUACAAAGCUGAAAAGCUUUUUCAGACUUCAGAGUCUUGUCACUUGUAUGCUCUGAAUAUCUUUACUUAACUUAUCUUCAGUGUUCACACUAUAACAUUUUCGAUAUAUGCUGGAUUACAUGGAUGGAUUACAAAUCCAACUUCCACUGUACCCAAAGAGAUGAAUGGAAAAUGUUCUUUAUAUUUAUGAGAUUAAACUUUAUUUUCAGGUGGAGUCAUUGAAACACAGUCAUUAAGUGCAAAUACUGCUGUCUUGUUAAACAAGUGAAUUUAUCAAGUGCCACAAGGUGAUGUAAAUAUGCUGUCAACACUAAUGAUGUCAUGGAUGAUUCUGAAUUCACAAAUGUAGAGACAUACGUGUUUUUUGUAUUCUCAAUAAACAUGCUUUUUCCUGUGUCGAAUGAA